ACAAACAGUGCGCAUGCGCUCUCCACCAGUUGAUCGGCAAUCGGGACCCGAUUGUUCCUUUUGGGCACGUAAACAACAACAACCCGGCCGUGAGGGAAGUUCACAACUUCGGUAGACAGUCGUGAAGUUACACCCUUGUACCCAGUCCAUGCCCGCAGACGACCCUCCUGAACCCUCGCCCAUCAUGACGGUUACCGACAUGCUACAGGCCGUUGUUACCGAAGAUGACUACAAAAGAUGGAGAAAAGAGAACGGCAUCGGCGAGAAGAAGAAGAAGAAAAAGAAGAUGCCACGGAAAGGUCUGGACGAGCUGAAAUCCGAACGGUCAAGCGACUCCGAGAGUAACGAACGGACGGACGGACGGAUGUCAUGGGCGGACAUCAUCGAGCUGGAAGAAGGGGACAGUCAGUCGGACGAUUCCGCGGACCAGGAGACCUCUGGGUCAGAGACACGACUGUCUCCCAGUCCUAAUAAAGCUAACCUGGACCGGAGAAAACAGACAGCAGGGGCAGUAACUCUAGCGAAGUCUACAGAGGCAGUAACUCCAGCGAAGUCCAUAGAGGCAGGAACUCCAGCAAAGUCUAAAGAGGCAGUAACUCCAGCAAAAUCGAAAGGGGCAGUAACUCCAGCAAAGUCCACAGAGGCAGUAACUCAAGCAAAGUCAGUGAAUGGCUCGAGUCAAAGCGACACGGUGAUUCAGAGCUCGAGGACUAAGAAUGACACUACAGCAAAUGCCGCCAAACUUUGUGUACGAGGCACUGUCAAGAAAACCGGUGAAAUCGAUACACUUUCCUCGACAGAGCGUACAACAGACGAUGUCGUCCGCAAGGUGCACAUUCCAGCGACCGCGGGGAAAUUGAAUUUGAGGAAACAAUUGAAAGGGGAAACAAUUGAAAAGUUAGUGUCUCUCACAUCGGCCGCGGAGAAUGACACUUCGGCCAGAGAUGAAUCGAACUCAGAGGCAGCUGAGGGCGUCACGGCAAUGGAGGAUUGCCAAAGCCGAAAGGGGACAAGAAAGACAGGCCAGCAUCGUCUGACGGCAGAGCAGCACCGGCAGUUGCAGGAGUUGCGGCGGCGGUACCCGUCCAUCCCCCCGCUGACGUGGCAGAGACUGCGCGCUGUGCUGGAGAACCACCCCGCCAUGCUGGACAUGCCGCACGACGACACGCUCACCUUCUUCAGUCAGCAGCCGCCCAGGGUGAUGAGCAAGGCAGUGGACAACCUGCGGAAAGACUGCUACCAGAAGAUGCGGAACCCCUGGAACUUCCUCCAGGCGCUGACGGAGACAGCGGCGCGGGAGUACAUCAAUCAUUCCGUCUACAACAGCGCGGUCUAGCUUCGUUCCCUGGGCUCCUUCACAGGCUCUACGAAUCUGUUUUUUUUUUAGUCUCUAGCAUCGGUAUGUUAGCCUCCAUAGCAGGCUCUCCGGGCCUCUUAGCGUCUUGUUGGGUUCUUACUUUUGCUGGCCGUUUCUUUUUGUACUGGGUGGUUUGCGCCGUCGACGCACCGGUGGCACAAACGACACAGUACAAAAAGAAAUGACCAGCAAAUAAAGGUGUUUUAUGAGCAAAAAAGAGACGAAAAAAGACCCAGAGAGUCUGAUAUGGAGGCUAAUUGUAUGUCAGGUUAUAUCGCACUCGAGCCCUACGGUCAACAACAAUAACUCGAGUGCAAUAGAACUGAUAUACCAUCAGAAAACAAGCCAAACCUGUAGAGCCUGCUAAGAAGGCCGUAUGUGUCCAAAAUGAGGGGCUCUCCGUAUGAGUUCCGUAUUUUCAUUAUUGUGGUUUAGGUAAAAUUUGCGGUCGAAAAUGUCAAUUGAAAGUCAAAGUAGAAUACAACUUCUUGUGUUCCCCACAAACUUUACCUACACCAACAGAAUGUCAAUAUGCAACUUGUACAUACGCGCUCAUGUGACCACUCCUGGAUAGCGCACUAAGAAUUUAUCAACGGAUGUAACGUUACGAUGUGUAGACAUUUUGAAUAGAGUUUUUCUUGUAUAUUUGUACAUAGGCAUGUGGAUUUUAUAGUAUCUUUUAACAGACUGAAUUUAGAGUUUUUCAGACUAUUUUAAUGACCUCGAUCGCCUGGAAUUAGGAACUUUUUGGACUCUAUAAUAAUACCUGAGAAUGUAUAACUGAUUUGUAUUUUUCACGCAUUUAAUAAUUUCGUCUUUAGUGAGUCAUUUGGACGCAUGUAAUGCUAACUGAUGAGCUUAAAUGUGACUCUAUGCAAUAUGGUAAAAUCUGAAAGUCUGUCAAUGGUUGUAACUAUCACUAAUUGUACAGUCUUCGUAGCAUCGUCAGCGUAACAUUUUACAUCGCUAUUAGAUUAAUAAUAUCGUCAGAUGAUAAUUGGGGAAAAUGGGCAAAUGUUAUGAUGUAUGUUGUGUUAGACGGGACAUCUGGUACAGAAUAAAUGUACGUAGUCGAUGUGAAA